AAUUGUAUUAACCACAUGCGCAGAUAGCGUUGCGCGUUGCAAUCUGCGAUUGCUCGCUGGGUUAUAUAGGCGCGAGCUUCCUUUGAAAUAAUAAAAAAAAAAAGAACAUUUUUUUACGAAGCGAUAAUGUCGACGAGCGACUUCUACUUGAGGUAUUAUGUUGGCCACAAAGGCAAAUUUGGACACGAGUUCCUGGAGUUUGAAUUCAGACCCGAUGGUAAGCUGCGCUACGCCAAUAACAGUAACUACAAGAAUGACGUCAUGAUCCGAAAGGAGGCGUACGUCCACAAGAGCGUCAUGGAGGAGCUCAAAAGGAUCAUCGACGACAGCGAGAUUACCAAAGAGGACGACGCGCUGUGGCCUCCUCCUGACCGAGUGGGAAGACAGGAGCUGGAAAUUGUCAUCGGCGACGAGCACAUUUCCUUCACCACGUCCAAAAUCGGCUCUUUGAUUGACGUCAACCAGUCCAAGGAUCCCGAAGGUCUGCGUGUGUUUUAUUACUUGGUGCAGGACCUCAAGUGUUUGGUGUUCAGUCUGAUUGGACUUCACUUCAAGAUCAAGCCCAUCUAGGCGCCGUCUUCCUCUGCAUCGCCGUGUUUUUGGGUCGUCCACAUGCAUAUGUACAUUUGCUUCGUUUUGUCUACGUUUUGAAUAAAGCUUUGAGAAUACAA